AGGCCCAGUGAGAGAGAGAGAGGCAGGAGGAAUGUAGCGGGAGGGCCCGUGUUCGAUUCCCGGGAAAAUCACGUCUUCCAGCCGCAGCCGCCAUGGACCUGAGUCCCAAGCUGCGGAUCCGAUCCGUGGGCAGGCUGAGCAGUGGGUCUGAGACGAAGCUGUAUGAAGAAGACUCGGACCGCUCCAAGCUCAGUAAGAAGGAGUCUCUGAAGGAACAGAAGAAGAACUACCGGCGGGAGAAGAAGCGGGCUGCCAAGGAGCUGCUCAACACACUUAAGGACCCGUCUGUCGUCGUCUUAAGGGACUGGCUCAAGAUCCGCGGCACGCUGAAAGGCUGGCAGAAGUACUGGUGCGUGCUGAAGCCGGGAGUGCUCAUUAUUUACAAGGGGCCGAAGCAUGGAGCGUGGGUCGGGACAAUCCUGCUCAACGCCUGCGAAAUCAUAGAGCGACCCUCGAAGAUGAACGGAUUCUGUUUCAAAGUCUUCCACCCACUGGACCAGUCCAUUUGGGCAUCCAAGGGCCCCAAAGGGGAGACGGUGCCUGCCAUCACCCAACCUCUACCCACAAGUUACCUGAUCCUCAGGGCUGCUACUGAUGCAGAUGGUCGCUGCUGGAUGGAUGCAAUGGAGCUGUCCCUGCGCUGUUCCAGCCUGCUCAUGCGCUCCAUGGUCAAGGACAGCGCCGCAACUAACGGGCAGCAAUCUAUGUCUACACUGGACACCUCAGACCCUAACCAGCAGUCAAGGACCCUUUGGGAUGAGAUAAUCUAUGCCAGUGGUGAUGACCUUAUCUUCCCCAGCAGCUGGAACGAGUCUGACAUUGAACGUCACUUUCAAGUUCACCUGGCGCUGGGUCGUACCAUCACAACCCAGAACGGGGAGGAGGAGGAGAAGGAAGAAAAGGAGGAGGAAAAAGAUGAGGAUGAGAAGGAGAGUAAGGGUUCGGACUCGGAGGCGUCUGAGCAGCAUGACCAGGUGUUUGAGGAGGAUUUGGAGCCUCCGAAGGAGACGGUUUACCGAGAGAACACGUGCGAGGAGCUGGGGCAGCAGGGAGGGGCCAGUCAGACCGAGGAGGUCGCCGACGAGAACAAGAGCAUCAUCUGGACUCUCAUUAAACAGGUGCGGCCAGGAAUGGACUUGUCCAGAGUCGUCCUCCCGACCUUCAUCCUGGAGCCAAGGUCAUUCCUGGACAAACUGUCAGACUACUAUUACCACGCAGACCUACUGUCGGACGCGGUGAACAUAGACGAUCCGUUCGGCCGUAUGAAGCAGAUCGUUCGCUGGUACCUCUCAGGUUUCUACAAGAAGCCAAAAGGUCUGAAGAAGCCGUACAACCCGAUCUUAGGGGAGACUUUCCGCUGCAUGUGGCCCCAUCCUCAGACUGGCAGCAAGACUUUCUUUAUCGCAGAGCAGGUAUCCCAUCACCCCCCAGUUUCUGCGUUCUACGUGACGAAUCGACAGGACGGGUUCUGCAUCAAUGGCAGCAUCUUGUGCAAGUCCAAGUUUUACGGUAACUCGCUGUCAGCCAUCCUGGACGGCACGGCGUGUUUAACCCUGCUGAACCGAGGGGAGGAUUACGCCAUCACCAUGCCCUACGUCAGCUGUAAAGGUAUCCUGUACGGCACUAUGACAAUGGAAAUGGGAGGAAAAGUCAGCCUGACCUGUGACAAGACGGGAUACAGGACAGAGAUAGAGUUCAAACUGAAGCCUUUCCUCGGCGGCAGCGAUGCCAGUAACCAGAUCACAGGAAAAAUCAAGCUUGGGAAGGAGACGCUGGCCACACUGGAGGGUCACUGGGACCAGGACGUCUACAUCACUGAGAAACGCACAGACUCAGAGAAAACAGAAGUGUUCUGGAGUGUGACAGACGAGGUGAAAUCCCGCAGACUGAAGCGACAGACGGUUCGCUUCGAGGACCAGGGAGACUUCGAGUCCGAAAAGCUAUGGCAGCACGUCUCCGCUGCGAUCAGUGCCUGCGACCAGAACAAGGCGACGAACGAGAAGUACAUCCUGGAGGAGCAGCAGCGGAAAGACGCGCGGGAACGGAAGGAGAAACGGGCGGACUGGGUCCCCAAACUGUUCGAGCGCGAAGGCGCAGAGGAGCACAGCUGGAUAUAUAAACACAUCGACACGCGUCCGUGGGACCCUCACAACGACGUGUUCCAGUACGAGUUUGGGGGAGUGAUCCAGGCCAAGACCCGCCACAAGACCCCCAUGGUCAGGACCACCAGCAUAAUGAGUGUGCCCGGCACGCAAAGGCAGCAGAGCAUCAAGAACAGGAAGCACCUAGGAAAACCGCCCGGCCCACCCCACAGGGACUCCGACCGCUCCAGCAGCGAGCCGCGCCCGGACGAGGACGACGCUUCAGACGACGAGAGAAGUGAUGUGUCCAGUCGAGCUGACUCGAGCCGCGGCCCGCGUUCCCGCCACUACACAGCAGUUACAAUGUGUGAUUGUUUGUGUUUGUACAUGUAUGUAACUGUGUAACUGUUCCUCCCCCCAGUCUCCAGUCGUGCGGACUCCAGCCGCGGCCCGCGUUCCCGCCACUACACGGCCGCCACCAUCGAGCAGGCCGUCCGACCUCUGGUCAGAGUUCAGCAGGAGACCAACGACCGAUUGGCCGACCUCAGCGGGCGCCUCCGCAUGCUGGCCAAUCGGAACGCAGAACACAACAACUACCUGCAGAACAAAGACUGGCUCCUAUUGGCUGUCGUCAUGCUGUUCCAGGUCGUCACCAUGUACAUGUUCUCCAGAUGACCUGGAGGUCAGGGUUCAUAGGUCACAGGUUCAGAGGUGAAAGCCAUUGUUGUGCUUUGUUGCCAUGGUUACCAGGUGUACACAAGAGUUGUUUAGUAGUACACGAUCGAAGUGCAAUAGCGUUGCCAUGACGUCAGCUUGCAAUCGGAUCCAGGAUGAGAAACAGGAGGGUUCAUGUAUGUUUGCUGCACACAUGAGAAAGGUGAACUACUUGUAAUACAAGUCUGUCUUUGUACAAUGUAUGUCCAGUAGAAGGCUGAAUGUAGGGAGACCCCAGAACUAUUAUAACUUAAGUCAGGCCGUAUCCAGACCUGUGUUAGUUGUAAUACAGGGUCACAGGCCAAGGCUUCGUACAUGGUCAGACCUCUAUAUAAGGACUGCCUGGCCAGUGCGACCACUUUUUUUUGGUCCGUAGAUAAUUUUUCCCCUUGACUUCAGCAUUAAGAAACCUACAUGUACAUGUAUCUAUUGGGUGACUGUCUGCCAGAUUUUAUUGGUCCUGAGUAAUCAAGGGCAGUUUUGGCUGUACUUCCAGAGUAACCCU